AUGCAAACCGACAUUCCCAACAUACUCGAAAUCCCAAUUGAUGAUCACGUGCUUAUUGACAAAAUCUUCAAAAAUCGCACAAUUGUCAGCAAGAUUGUAAAAAAUGUGUCUAAUCAAUUAAAUACUCUGUUGGAGUUGAGACUGAUAAAUAAAUUGUUCAGCGAAGAAGUUUUGCACAAAAUUCGAAAUGAGCAUCGAAAAAUACAAAUUCACAGUUUCAAGACUUGUAAAAAUUGAAGAAAAAGAUCAAUAUUCAUUAACAAUCAAGUAGAUCCUGAACUUCCGCUAAAACAGCCUCGUCGAUGCACUUGCUCGUUUCUUAUAAAUGCACUGGAGAUAAACAAGAACAAGGUGAAACACUUAUUCGUAUUUUUAAAAAAUACGGUAAAUGUGAAAGUCUACAAGCUUUAUGUCGAACCGAUUAAGAAAAACGAAAUUUCGUGCGGAGUGGAUGCUCGAAUUAUACUCAAUGAUCUCAUACACGAUUGCUUGAUUGGAGUAGAUUAUGGACUCGUUGAAGAAUAUAAAAAUGAUUUUUGCUGUGGUUGUCAAAUAUGUCGAGACAUUCAUAGAAAUAAAAACUGUAUAGUUCAUAGUAUUCAACUUCAAUAUUUUGGUGGAAAUUCGAUACCGCAGCAGUUUUUGAAUUUGAUGUUGGAAAAUUUUGGAGUUGAUGAGCAUGAUCGAUUUAUGGACAGAUUAAACGAACUAUUCGGGAAAUUCGCAUAUCUUCGAUUGAGCAAUUUUGGAAUUGAUGAGUUGCGAAUAUCGGGAGAAGAGCUAUUUGGAGAAUUAAAAAUAAUAGAAAUCAUAAAUCAAAUCAGGAUAUCUCCACAUCAUUACAAAGCGCUGGAAAUGAAAGACUGGUUGUUUUAUCGGACCAUAUACGAAAAGCAACUAGGGCGGUACGUAGUUGGUGCUCGAGCAAAUUAUUUCCUCAAUUCAUUGGUAACAUGCCACACAUUCACCGUUUUAAUACUGGGAAAAGAGUUCCUUUCAAUCCCAAGAGACUUUUUAUACCAGCUUAUUUCAAAGUGGAAUGUUAAGGAUUUCAGACUGGAGUUCCGGUUCGAAGCUUACAGUGGUCAUUUUAAUACUAUGUUUAGUUCAAAUAUGGAUUUCAUUUUGGAAACGUCUAAAGACUUUUCAAAUGCCGUAUUCAAUGUACCAUUCAACACCCAACCCGUUUCGAGGGUUCUUCUGGAAAAAGUGGAGAUCGAUUUACAAUACUCUGAGGAUAUGUUACUCGAAAUGAACGAACAACUGGAAAACGACUAUUAUUCACCAAUGGACAAUGUGAUUGCAAAUGUUCAACGAAACUUCCCAGCCAAGAGUAUGACUGUUCUACUUCCUAAAACGUAUCUCCUCAUUACUCCGGACAAUAUGGACAGAGUCACAGCAAAGCUAAUCCGAUUGACUGAACAAAACAGCCAGAGAAAUGGAAGUGUCACAUUCAACUUAUACUAUCAGCAUGACAAAGGAGAAAAACAUAUUCCAGAGGAUAUCCCAGACAUUUUCAAUUCAAGAGCACGUCUUGUAGGUGAAAAACCAGUAGAUUGUUGGUAUCUCGAUGAUAUUUUAAAUAUCCCCAAAGAAAAUUUCAAGGAUGGAUUUGGAGAAGUGACUGUCUGGUAUGGAAAAAGCUUUCAAAUAAGAAAUUCCACAGAAAAUCGAAGAAUGAAUUUUAAUAUAUUCUAUACCAAAAGCUAUCUGAAAAAGUUCUUCAAUGAGAGACAUAGUAGAUGGGUGAAAACUGGAUUUUUAUUGCAUUUCAUGGAUCUUAUUAAUUGA